CACCUCGUUGAUGUUGGUGGUUCAGAUGAGCCAUCGAACCAAACAGCUUGAUAAAAUUUCAAUUUUGAUCAAAAUCGACUUCGAAAAUUUUGAUCACGUUGAUAUUUCUUCAAAGUUGGAAUUUAUUUGUGAAGAUCUUCAAAUAAUCGUAUAAAAAUGGUUAACGUGCCAAAACAACGUCGAACUUACUGCAAGAAAUGCCGCGUGCAUAAAAUGCACAAGGUAACUCAGUACAAAAAAUCGAAGGAAAGACCAGCGUCCCAGGGACGUAGAAGAUACGAUCGUAAACAACAGGGCUUCGGUGGUCAAACCAAGCCUAUAUUUCGAAAAAAGGCCAAAACAACGAAAAAGAUUGUAUUGAGAAUGGAGUGCUCCGAAUGCAAGUACCGUAAACAGAUUCCGUUGAAAAGAUGCAAGCAUUUCGAAUUGGGUGGUGAUAAAAAGAGAAAAGGACAAAUGAUCCAAUUUUAAAUUUCUUUUUAAGGUGUAACUAUUUUUGUUUAUUAUAUGCCAACUUUGUAUAAUAAAACGUAUUGACGUA